AUGGAUAUAGUCCAAUCUUGUCCGAGUAGUUCAACAACUGGCUCUGAAUUGGCUCGAACAUUGGGUGCUGGAUGCAAGCAACAUGGAAAACUGGUUUAUAGCACGUCAAUUGCACCACCGUCAACCCUGGCUACUAUUUCUGGAUACUUGACUGGCAUUUCAUCGUUUUUAUCUAAAAAUAUUGGUCCAACUCUAGCUCGUGCUACUGCUGCUGCACCCAAACAACCAGCAGUCUCGUCUGAUACUACUAUUCGUACAUCUGAUGAAUCGACAAAAGAAGAGGUUAUUUUUUCUAAAUUUCAGUGGAUCGAUUGGUCUGGGCUUCAAUCUUCUAGACUGUUUCUGUUGCUUGGAUAUCCACAUGGGUUUCAAAUUUGGGAUGUUACUGAUACAGAUACUGCUGUGGAAAUUGUUUCUAUUCGCGAUGGAUGUGAAGCUGUAGUAGAUAUCGAGGUUAUUCCUACUCCUUGGUUAUCUCAUGUUGCAGAUCCAUUCAAAUCAGAACGACCUCUUGUAGUUUUCGUCACAAAGGUAGACAAAGGCGAUCAUUCAGCAUAUACUGCUACUAUCGUUUCACUUUCAACAAACACGUUGAUACAUACCAUUGAGUUGGCAUCAUGCCCUAUUGCUCAAAUGCGUGUAGACGCAAAUGCCAAGUAUCUUGCGUUUAAUCUUGGAAAACAAUUGGGUAUUAGACUUUACUCUUUGCUAGAUUUUAGCUUGAUGGCUACAUAUACCGACGUACACGCUUCUCCACUACACGAUGCGCCCGUGUUUGAAAUAGGCUCUAGAUUGAUUGCAUAUACGACCACUACCAAGUUCAAUCCGGCAUUUUCCAAGAAUUAUCUGGCUUCUCCGCAUAUCCAGUCAGGAAGUGAUUUAGAAACUCUUGAUUUAUGUAGCGGCAUUUUAGGAACAAGCCCUUUACAUGCCAAUGCGUCGAUAAGUCCUUCUCUUAAAUGUGCUACACAUCCUGCAAACAGUGGUGGCAAUACCAACUCUGCAGGAAAUAGUGGAUCAGGAGGUGUCAAUGCGGGUGAAGUUGCAACAAAAGUUGCCAAAGGGGUUGCAUCUGGAGUUAAAGUUAUUGGCGAGUAUGGAUAUCAUGCAAUCAGUAGUUACUUUACAGGAGAUGCCACAUCUCCAAGUUUUGGUGGUGUACCGUCUCGUGCUAUGGCUGAGAGUUUUGGUAAAUCCAAUGGAUUUGGAAACCCCGUUUCCAAUUCUUAUGAAUUUCGUAAAGAUCGCAAGAAAGAUCCACAGGAUGGGAUUAUUGUACUGAGAUCCCUUCCACGGCCAUUUUCAAAAGGAAAAGAACAUUCAUUAAAAUCGUCUCCACAGCUGGAUCAAACACAACCAGAAUCAUCCUCUAUUCUUUCACUGUUUCAUCCACAUACCAAUCCAGUAGCUAUUCUUAAAAUGGAUCCAUCCGAAACCCGACUUUAUACAGCCAGUAUAGAAGGCACAAGUAUUUACGUUUGGGAUAUUUCCGAUAUUUAUUUGCGACGUGUCAAUUCUCUUCAUAUUGUUGGGACACAUGGAGGAUGCCAGCCUAUUCCAAGAUGCUUGUUUCGUUGCGAUCGAGGUUACACUGCUGCUAAAAUCGAUAGUAUUGCGCAGAGUGCCAAUGGAAAGUGGAUAUCUGUCAUGACUGCUCGUGGCACUGCACAUGUGUUUCAUACCGAGUUUGGCAGCGAUACCAACGACACUGCUAACCGAGAUCGACAUGAUCGACAGACUUCUGAUGGUGGCGUGCAAAGGACAUUUGGGGUAAAGAUGUUGACGCCAAUAGUUCGACUCAAUGCUCGCACAUCUAUAGAUGUUGUCAAGCAUAUGUUUACUUCAGAUUCAUCCAGUGGUAUGCCAGGAUCCACAGGGACUGACUAUACCAAUACGACAAGCUUAGAGGAUCACAUUGAGUGUGACGAGGACCAAAAUAUGGGUCAUAACAAGCCAAAUUUCCUUCCUCCAUUUAAUCUAUCUGGAUGCACUCAUAUGUCGGCAUUUUUAUCAUCAGAUCUCACGUAUUCGCCUGGAUUGCCUAGCACGGAACGACAACGUAUUGUUGUAUGGGAUCUUACGGGAAAAGUUACACUAUUUUGGGUAGAUUUGAUUCCAGAAGAAGGACUAUCUCAACGAACAGCCACUCUCCCACCUGCAGUAUUAACGGUGUUGAACAGCUUUCCGAGAGCGACAUUUAUGAAGAGCGUUUCUUUGCAUGAUGGGUUGGGUGCUACAGUAAUCAAGACAGAGUAUAAAGUAUUGACUAUGCCAGUCUCUAGUACUGAACUACAAAGGAAAAAUAGUCAUGAGCAAGUAUGGAUGUCGGAUCAAAUUUUAGAAGAUACCGAAUCAGCGUAUAGCGUGGAUUCCAAUCGACGACGUCCAUCACAACAAAAACAGUUAUGGCCAUCGCGGAUUGAGAUAUCGUCAUGUUCUGACCAGCGGAUUCCACUCUGGAUGGAUCUUCAAUGCACGAUGCAAGUUUACCACCCAGAUUUAGCGACAAAAACAUUGGUGACCCUCAUGACUGAUAUAUCAACGGAUCAGACAUUUACAGCCGAUACAGAUGCUCGAUCCUCGAUCAAACCUUGUCCAAGUUUUUCAGAUGUUCCCCUUGCAAUGAAUAUAGUGGUUGCACCCUACACACCGACACCUCAUGGGGAUCGUAAAGGGUUUCCACGACUAGACGGAGAUUCAGAGCUUGAGCAAGGGAUUUUGUCAGCAAUGGGGGAUGGAAUGGAGAUGCCAGUGGGUCAGCAGUCUCUGCUUGAUGCAUUUUUUAUCGAAGAUGAUGGGUUUAAUGUCAUCAAGAGCGCACACUCUAUACCGGUGUAUGAAAGAGUCGAGUAUUCAGCUGGAUCAGGAGGAUCCUCGAUUGUUGGUACGGCAUGGGGAAAUGUUCAAAAGGUGUUUGAUGCAAGUGCGCGACGAAAAAGUCUAAUGAGUAGCAAUGUUGAUAUGGAGAGUAUAGAUGACUUGUGCAUACUGGAAGACGGAACAGAUGAGAUUGUGGUUUCAAGUUCAGAUAGUGCGAUGAGAGAAGGAUUUGAGCCCACUUUAACCCGAAAAGAAGCAAAACGACGACGAAAACAGCAAUUAAUAAAUAACCAUUUGAUGGAGUGA